UUCAAAAUUAGCUAGCACUUGAAAGUGGUUAACUUCAGACUUUAUCCUUUGUACACAAGCCAGAGAAAAGGUGAUGCAACUAAGUAUAAAGUGCUCUCUUGUACAUUACAAAAUAAAAUAUUUUCUGUAUAACCAUUUGAGGACGCACCUACACUUCAAUGUGAUAACAAUUUCAGGCAAUUGAUGGGAGAAGAACUUUCUGGUUUGAGUGUCAAAGAUCUGGAAAAUCUGGAAAGCCAAUUGGAAACAAGCUUGAAGUGUAUCCGGGCAAAAAAGAACCAAAUUUUAACUGAUGAAAUAAAAGAAGUAAACCACCAGGGAGUUAUUAUUCAUCAAGAAAAUAUGAAAUUGUUUAAAGAGAUAAACGCCCUGCGAAAAGAAAAUGCAGAAUUGCAAAAGAAGGUUUAUGGAGCAAAGGACAAAAAUGACAUAAAUAGAAGUUCUCAUGAACCACACGAUCCCAGUAAUGGAUAUGACUUACAUAUACCUACUUGUCUCCAGCUAUGCCAACCACAGCAAAAAGACGGUGAAACACCGGAAAAAGCAGCAGAUCUAGGGUAA